AUGGAUGAAAAGAACGCCGAGAAAGAGAAGAUAAUUUUGCCUUCAGAGAGCGAAGAUGAAGAUUCAAAGGAAUUUCGUGAACCCUGUGCCAGCUCGUAUUUAGUCGAGGAGCGGGAAAGCUCCAAGAAGUCGUUGCCGCAAAAAUUUCGAAAGCGCUGGACCCGAGCAGCACUAUCGCUCGCAAUAAUCUCACUCAUCGCCGUAAUUGCUUUGAGCUUGGCGUCAUUUAUAUCCUCAAAACAAACCGAAAGCUCGGCUGUUUUUGCAGCGGGCUUUGACGCUUUUUUCGCGGCUGUUAACGUGGUCGCAGUUUGUUGGAGAUUUCGAGACGAGCUUAAUGGAGAUGUUGGAUCAUCAAGGGAGAGCAAGGCGACUUGUGUUAUAGCUGUAACAUUUAUUUUGGGCGGAGUAGCAACUGUAGGCAUCUCACUACAUCAUCUGAAAAUCAAAGAUCACCCAACAAAAACGGGAGAAAUGAUCAUUCUUCUGAUCACCGGAUUUGUGAUUUAUACCGUCCUGUGCAUAUUUCAAUGUAGAAUUGCUUCAGCGAUGCAAAGCCAAUCUAUGAGAGCUCUCUCGGUAGAUUCCGGGCUUGGCGCAGUAAUGAAUGCUGGAUUACUGGGUUCAUCCUGGAUUUAUCGGCAACAUACAAACCUCUGGUAUCUUGACCACGCGGUCGCAACAGUUUUAGGUGUUGUUUCUACAGUAUACGGAAUUUAUUUAGCCAUACAAAUUAUACAGGUAAAGAUAAACGGUGCAAAAUCAAUAUCAUUUAAAAGAGAAGGAUUAUCAUCAGACCAAAAUAAUUAG